GCUCGUGGUCAUAUGAUGUUGUUAGCCGACGCUGAGGAGCAGCAUCAUCUGAACUGAAUCACACUCUCCCUGCGUUGAAAGGUGCAGUUGCCGCGUCACCAACCAUGUCAUAUGGGUCCAUUGACGGAGGCGCUUUUGGCAGUCGCAACCCGUUUGGAGGUCCUGCGAGACAAGGCUACCAGCUCGUAGCCACGCAGGUCAGCCCCGCAGAACUGCAGGAUGUGUUCCAGGAGACCUCCUCCAAUAUCUUCCAGAUAAAUGCCAACGUUGUCACACUAGAGAAGAAUCUUCAAGCCCUGGGAACAUCUAGAGAUACAGCAGAGCUACGACAGAGUCUACACUCCACGCAGCAGCAAACCAACAAAGUCAUCACCAGCACAAGCCAACUCAUCAAACAGCUCUCCGAUAUAAUCAGCGGCUCUUCGCGGCAAGACCGUCUGCGCCUGACCAGACUAAAGACCGAGCUCUCGGAGUCCGUGCAGUGCUAUGGCGAUCUGCAGAAGAAAAUUGCAGAACGCUCGAGGGCCCUGCUCCCUCCGGCACACAAAGAGACGAGGAAGAAUGCACAGACCCCGCCCAGCGAGCAGGUAGAAGAGGGUCCGGUGUUCGGAGAAGCAGCAGGCUCCGAGGGAAGUGCUCAGGCGUUCCUGUCUGAGAUCAGCGAGGAGGACGUGGAGGCGCUGCACCAGCGAGAGGAGGCCGUGCUGCAGAUCGAGAGAGACAUGUUGGACAUCAGUCAAAUCAUGAAGGACCUGGCGAGUAUGGUUCAUGAACAAGGAGAUGCCAUAGACAGCAUCGAAGAUUACAUCCAGACCGGGUCGUCCAAUGUGGAAUCAGCCAAUCAGGAGCUCGCAAAGGCCAACCACUACCAGAGGCAGCUGAGGAAGAGGAAGUGCUACCUCCUGGUGGCCGGGGCGGUCGUCCUCACCGUCCUCCUCAUCAUCAUAGCCGUGUCAGUGAGAAAAUAAGACUGCGCCCUCUGUGGUAGCACUUUCACCACAGCGUCACCUCGGUGCUCCUGUCCAGCUUGAUCCCCGACCUGAGCAGCUGGUGUCCAGUAAGGGGGGGGGCAUCUCUACACAUCAUCUCUAUUCCACCCCCUGACUCAAUCUACAUGUGCUUUAGUCCUGGGACGGAGGCCGUUCCCAGCGUAUGAAUUUGUCAAGGGGUAGCGCCAGUCGGAGCCUCUCAUGUAUCGUCUUUAUUGUGCUAGUUAUUGUUUUUUUUAAAUGCUGUUUUCUGUGACUCGAAUGUUACCGUCAAUGCUGAAGUCACAAGUGUGAAUUUAGACAUUUCCCCAUGGGCACAAGCUCAGGAGCUUCCUGUCCAUGUGAUGGGUUACUGUGUCACACACUGUCAGAAACCAGAUGAAGAUGAUGAAGAAGAAGUUCCCGGGUGAGACGCGGCCGCUUGGGAUUUACUUUCAUCACUGCUGUACUAUAUCUGCUCCAUUUCCCUCAUGUAUUUUUACUGAAGUGAACUUCAUAUUUAUUGGCGUGUAGAGUAAUUUAGUCAGCAUUUAUGUACUUUUUUUUUAGGAUUGCUAAAUAAUUAUUUGAAAAAAUAUAUCUUCCACAAUAAAAGUAUAUGUUCAACAGCAA